ACGGUGUACGUGUAUCGGUAUUACCCUGUAUUACCCAGAGGAAGUCCUGGCGCGGCACGUUGAGCUCUAUCAUGUGUUUUCAUCUCUCCGUGCCUUCUGACAGAAGAUGUGUGCUCGAGAAGUGAUGACAACCUUGCUCGGUCUCACCGGCAUUGUGAUGCGCUGAUAUAUGCACAUCUUGCCCUUUCGCGUCGAUCUUCACAUUGUCUAGGAAAGCCGCUUUUGGUGUGGCUACUCAUCAGAUCGCGAGCCAUGCACGUAUGUCUGUAUCGUAUGAGGUACGCCACAACUCCUCGGAAGACGACGCACGCGACCAAUUCCGUAGAUCUGCGGUUAGCUUCUUCGUGGAUCGCCCUCAAAGUGCCUGUAUGGGAGAUUGAUCGGGUCGUUCUUCACCGAUUUUGACGUAUCUUCCCGUCGUCGAUUCCUUCAAAAGGAGCCCGCCUGAUACCUCGCCAUGCGACCAACCUGUGGACAGCUACUGCCGCGACUGGUCUCCCUCUUUCCCCCAUCUCCCUCUUGCCCUUUUCACCGUUUUGAACUUCAAUAUGAAGUACUCCCAUUCGUUUACCGUUCUUCUGUCUGCAAUCACUGUCGUUACUGGUCAAUGUGUAAACUCACCUGAGUGGGCCGCUGCAUAUACGAAGGCGAGCGCCGCAGUUGCCAACCUGAGUCUGAGCGAGAAAGUUCACUUGGGCACUGGUCGUGGGUUCUUCAUCGGCGACUGUACGGGCAAUACACCCGCCAUCGACAGUAUCAAUUUUCCUGGCUUGUGUCUCGAAGAUGGCCCUCUCGGUGUUCGUCAAACGAGCGGUAACUCGGCAUUCCCUCCAGGGAUCAACGCCGCUGCUACUUGGAACAGGACACUCAUAAACCAACGUGGCGUGGCCAUGGCGGAGGAAUUCCGUGGAAAGGGUGUAAACGCCCAGCUUGGACCAAUGAUGAACCUCAUGAGGGCUCCAGCUUCUGGGAGGUCAUGGGAAGGCUUCGGUGCCGAUCCAUUCCUGACGGGCGAAGCUGCCUACGAGACUAUCACUGGUUGUCAGUCCCAAGGUGUUCAGGCUGUUGCCAAGCAUCUCAUGAACAAUGAGCAGGAACACUCGCGGAUGUUCAGCUCUUCGAAUGUUGAUGACAGGCGAGAACAUGAGCUCUAUUUGCAUCCAUUUUUGCGAAGUGUACAGGCCAAUGUCGCUGCUAUGAUGUGCAGCUAUAUCAACGGAACAUACGCUUGUGAGAAUGACGCGUCCAUCAAUGGCUUGCUGAAGACCGAGCUAGGCUUCCAAGGAUACUGGUACGCCACACACUCGACCGCUGCAUCUGCAAACAAUGGUCUCGAUAUGACUAUGCCUGGGGACUUCUUUCCUUUGUCCGUCGUGGGAUGGUACGGCAUUAAUCUCGAAAUCGCGGUUGGUUUGGGAGAAGUGUCCGAAGACCGCAUCGACGACAUGGCAACCAGAAUCCUCGCAGGGUGGUACCUCUUGGGUCAAGAUGAAAAUUACCCAACUCCCAACCUCAAUGCGAAGAACCCAUCCGAUUCUGUCAAUGAUGUCGACGUUCAAGGAGAUCACUACAAAAUUAUCCGAGAAAUCGGAGCGGCUUCCACUGUUCUCCUCAAAAAUGAGAACAACGCACUUCCCCUGAACGCUCCUGCUACCGUAGCUCUAAUCGGCAGCGCUGCGGGACCGAACCCUGACGGCCUUAACAGUUGUGCUGAUCAGAGCUGUAACAAAGGGACACUUGGUAUGGGGUGGGGUAGCGGAGCCGCGGCCUAUCCCUACUUGAUCACACCUCUGGAUGCCAUCACCAACCGGAGUGCCACCGACGGGACUACCAUUACUUCCUCGCUCAGUGACUCUGACCUUGACGCAGCGAAGACCGCCGCAACGGGAGCCGAAAUUGCUUUUGUGUUCAUUACUGCUGACUCCGGAGAGGAUUCGUACACCGUGGAAGGGAAUGAGGGGGACAGGAACGAUCUCCUUGCCUGGCAUGAUGGUGAUGCUCUUGUCGAGGCUGUAGCUAGCGUGAACAACAAUACCGUUGUCGUGGUUCAAACUGUCGGACCCAUCAUCGUCGAUGCUUGGAUAGACAACACAAACAGUGACGAACAGGUUUGGAGCGGUCUGGGUGGUCAAGAAGCAGGAAACUCUCUGACUGACGUGCUGUACGGUGCCUUCAAUCCGAGGUCACCGUACACCAUAGCCAAGAGCGCAGACGACUAUCCCGCCAGUGUGAUUUAUGUCGACGACAUAUUGUUCAUCGCUCAAAUAGACUACACCGAGGGCCUCUUCAUUGACUACCGUCAUUUCGACUCGGCUGGUAUUGAGCCUCGUUACGAGUUCGGCUUCGGACUGUCAUACACGACCUUUGACUACUCCAACCUGGAAAUCUCGGGCUCGGUCGGAGACUAUACACCACCCACUGGUGCUGGAUCCUCUCUGGAUGACACCCUCCACGAGAAGGUCUUCAACGUGACCUUUACGAUCCAGAACAACGGAACGGUUGCAGGGAAUGAGGUCCCUCAGCUCUACCUCUCACCUCCCGAAACUGCCAACUCGCCACCAUAUCUUCUCAAGGGCUUCGACAACGUCUACAUCGCACCUGGCGAGUUCACAAACGUCACCAUCCCGCUGUCCCGCUAUGACCUCUCCAUCUGGGACGUCGUGUCACAGAAGUGGGUUAUCCCGAGCGGUACAACUGGCGUAACUGUGGGGGCCAGCAGUCGCGACCACCGCCUGACUGGAUCUAUCGAGAUUUGAUAGCUGAUCCGAAGUGGUCGUUUUGGACAAUAUUGCGCGUGUUAUAGUAGUUAUGGCACGAUUCCUGCCUGUUCCUGCUCGCGGACUUUUCGCUUUGUCCUUCCAAAUGUUCUGUAAUUGUUGCGUCACUCAAUAUUGCAGUAUUUCGUUCGCUUGUUUCCUUCCACUACUUAUCCAGAGGGGGGACUUAUGUAGCCGCGACUCGGACGCCUGGAAUCAA